AUGGGUGCCUCCUUGGUGUGGAGGAGGAAGCUCCUGCGCUUCGUGGUGCUGAGCUGCCUCGUGACCAGCUUCACGAUCUUCCUCUGGCCUCGUUUCGACUUCCACCGCGUCACCACCCAGACCGUCUCCAACAUCACCAUCACCUCCGAGGUCGACUGCGAACCGGACUUCAAUGCCCUCCGCCGUCUCAACGUCGAGAAACUGAGCCAGUAUGUGCGCCGCGAAGUCGUCGCCGUGGAGUCUCCCAGCGACUCCUUGCCCAUAGCGCAAUCCCUCGAUGCUCCCUUGUUCCAGAAAAAGCCCAAGGACGACUUCCACCACCCGUCGCCAGAAUACCUGCAUGACGAUUGCCUGAUACCCCAGCCGGUUUCUGUUCAAGUCCUGGCCCCCCCGAAACGUGCGGAUGCGUCUCACAUCGACUUUGGCGUUGCCACGACGCUGGAACGGUUGAACGAUUCAUUGGACGCGUUCUCCCACUGGGCUGGAUAUACAAAUGCUCGCAUCUUCGCUCUGAUCGAGCCGGAUGACAGAACACCUCAGGUGCUGCUCAAGGCCGAUGCUCUUGGCAUCAAUCUCUCGGUGUCCGAGUCCAGUGAAGAAUAUCAGCGCCGGUACUUUUCGCUGGUCCCUCAUCUGGCCAAGAACAUGCGGUCCACGACGAAGUGGUCCUGUGUCAUGGAUGACGAUACCUUCUUCCCCUCAAUGUCGGCAUUGAUCAAAGGGCUCAAGGAGUAUGACCAUACCAAACAGACGUAUGUUGGCGGGCUAUCGGAGAGCAUCCCACAGGUCGGUGUGUUUGGAUUAAUGGGAUUCGGAGGCGCUGGCGUCUUCCUGUCUCCCUCUCUGAUCCAAGAACUCAGCCGUCCUGAAGUCUUCGAGGACUGCCAGAGGAUGGACUUCACUGGCGACCGGAGGAUUUCGCUUUGUAUCUACCAGUACACAGCCGCACGCUUGACCAUCGAUCACCGCCUGCGACAGCUCGAUAUGAUGGGCGACGUGUCUGGAUUCUUCGAGGCAGAACGCCCCCCACCGCUGUCCGUGCAUCACUGGAAGUCGUGGUUCCAUGCCGACAUGGCGAAAGCAAGCGCUGUCACUGAAGUCUGCGGUGAUACCUGCUUUCUGCGCCAGUGGCACUUUGGGGACGGAUGGGUUCUUACGAACGGCUUCUCGGUCGUCAAAUACAGCAAUGAGAAGAAACCUGGCGACAGAACCAUGGAGCUCACCUGGGACAGUCACAACGGUGCGGUCUUUGAAUCGUAUCUACACGAGCUUGGCCCUCUCCGUCCCAGAGACGACGGAAAGAUCAGCUACCUGCACGAAGAUGCCCUCGUCGACGGCAACCAAGUUCAUCAAUGGUACAUCCAUCGUGAUGCGGAGAAGGGCGACCGGGUCCUAGAGUUGAUUUGGCGAUCAGGGUAG